AUGCCAGGCUUUUCGCCCGAGACCGACUCGAUAACGGCAACAUGGAAGAAACGCAAGCGGGACCAUGAGGAGCCAAGGGCUCUAGCUCGUCCACCCCGCUGCCUCCCUCGCAAGCGUCGACAUAUUCAAAGCCCAUACCUUGCACUAGCAACCCACCAACAUCAGCAUCAACACCAACCAUCCCCCAACCACCUCUCCCCGAACACAUACAGCAUCGCAAACCAAGACCCCUACUCACCCCCGGUCUCGCCAAAGACCCUCGUGCCACUCCACUACCCAACUCAGCAAUCGACAUCCCCUUCCGCCCUCCGACCCUGUCAUAUCUGCCACCGUCGCCCAACGACUCGACAAGUCUUAAACGCCUACGCCGAUUGCGAUCUCUGCCGCGAGCGGGCGUGCUUCAUCUGCCUUCGCCAAUGCGACAGUAUCACCUGCGGCGGAGCAUUCGGACAGCCCAGGGACGUGGAAAUGCACCUGCAAAUGAGCGGGGACGAGGAUGCAUAUGAUGCGAGCGAGAUACCCCGACGAAAGAUCUGCUCCAGCUGUGCUGUCGAGGACGUGACCCAGACCGGGACGGAAAUCGUGCGUUGUCUUGACUGCGCGCGUGGUGCGAGCUCGGCUUGGACUGCGACAGCGAUUCCGUCUGGCUGGACUUUGGAUGAUAUGACAGAUUGA